AUGCCAUCCCCACCACCGCGAAUGUCUCCUCUGCCCGCAUCAGCGGAACCGCUGCCGAGUGUACGGAUCCUGAACCAGGUUGAGGAAGACCCUCGCCUGUUAUCCGUGUUUCCGAGAAACACUCCUGAAUGCAGGAUCGUAACCUUUGCAGUACACAUGGGCCUCUCCAUCCUAGAGACCGGGGCGAGCCGUAGGACCUUGGUCGACACAGGCAUGAGAGUCUUGGACAGAUGGGGAGCCCGCGGCAUGAGGUCUCGAGCCGUCGGGGCCGUUUCACGCACACCAAACAGACAGGCGAUGAUGAACCUGGUGGACGACUUCCUUUCCAAAUGUCGUGCCGAUUCACCCAAUGUCAUCCUCAGCAACCGGGUUGUAGGUGAUGCUUCGACGGAGCGAUACACCUGGUACGAACCCCAGAACGGCCAUGAUUUCGAUCCGAAGAGGGCGGCGCUUGUGUUUGUCAAUAGUACUAUCGUUCGAAACGCCAUCCAGGCGGCAGAUCGUCUGGAUCGAGAGGAGUUGCGCAAGUUCCUGUUUUUACUUGGAAUCUCCGUCGCUCAUGAGUUGGUACAUAUGUUCGUGGGAUACCUUUCCGGUGAUAAUGAAGACGACACCCCGCCCACGAUUGGGCGGUACCCUCCCGGUACUUCGGGGAUUGGCGAGGCCGGCAUGCAUUGGGAAAACGUUCUGUUCAAUGGCUUCGUCGAGGCCAUGUACGACUCCAGUAAUCCUCUGGGUGCGAGUCAGGCCGGCAUUUACUAUUUGACGACUCCAUCCGCACGGGGCCGUCUUCUCAAUCGCGACUGGAUGUUGAGGAUGUUGCGGUUUGGAUUUGAUUUUCCGGCCUCAACGACCGGACCUGAAGUCAAUAUGAGAAGGCUUAGGCCCAUGGAGCAACUCCGCCCGCGUUCAGAUUAUCAAAUGUUGAGUCAAGUCGUUACCAACCACGACAGGAUGAUGGCUUAUAUCAACAACCAGCCCUCGAUCUGCUUCAGGAGCUCCGACAUCGAGAGACUUAUGGAGAUGGUCGACAACCCCCGCCGGGUCCGUCGCGACUGA